CAACGCUCCUGUUCUCUUGUCACCCUCUCAGCGAAAUGGCUCGGGAUUAUUUUGGAUUCUCCUUGACAAGGAACAGUGCAAGAAACGGCACUAGCACGGUGGUGCUUGACAACGCAGCAGAUAUCUCCGUCAUUGUCAUUUACUUUUUGGUUGUCUUGGCUGUUGGUGUAUGGGCAAUGGUCCGAACCAACCGAUCCACAGUAGGUGGCUUCUUCCUGGCAGGGAGGAGUAUGGUGUGGUGGCCGAUUGGAGCAUCACUUUUUGCCAGCAACAUUGGCAGUGGUCACUUUGUAGGCAUCGCUGGGACUGCUGCAGCCGGGGGAAUCGCCAUUGGUGGAAUGGAGUGGAAUGCUCUUGUAGUGGUCAUCAUUCUGGCUUGGCUUUUUGUGCCCAUCUACAUCAAAGCUGGGGUGGUCACCAUGCCUGAGUACUUGAAGAAGAGGUUUGGUGGACAGCGCAUUCGCAUCUAUCUCUCUGUGCUGUCCCUCAUCCUCUAUGUUUUCACCAAGAUCUCAGCAGACAUGUUCUCUGGAGCCAUUUUUAUCAACCAGGCACUUGGAUUGAAUAUCUACCUCGCUGUCAUCAUGCUUCUAUUGAUUACCUCCCUAUACACCGUAACAGGUGGAUUGGCUGCAGUGAUCUACACAGACACCUUACAGACAAUCAUCAUGAUUGUUGGAUCGUUAAUCCUUAUGGGCUUUGCUUUCAAUGAGGUGGGAGGCUAUGAAAACUUCCAGCGGCUCUACAUGGAGGCCAUCCCCUCGAACACAUUUAACGCCAGCACGAGUUGCUACGAGCCUCGAGAAGACUCCUUCCACCUCUUCAGGAAUGCAAUUACAGGAGACAUGCCAUGGCCCGGCGUUAUCUUUGGACUCACCAUUCUGGCCAUCUGGUACUGGUGCACGGAUCAGGUGAUUGUCCAGCGCUGCCUCUCCGCUAAGAAUUUAUCUCACGUUAAAGCAGGCUGCAUCUUGUGCGGCUACCUGAAGCUGCUGCCUAUGUUCCUCAUGGUGUUCCCGGGGAUGAUAAGCAGGAUCCUCUAUCCAGAUGUGGUGGCCUGUGUGGAUCCGGAUGAAUGUCUAAAAUACUGUGAUGCCAGUGUCGGCUGCACCAACAUCGCGUAUCCCAAACUGGUGGUGGAUCUCAUGCCCAAUGGUCUGCGUGGUCUCAUGCUCUCUGUGAUGAUGGCCUCUCUGAUGAGCUCGCUCACCUCCAUCUUCAACAGUGCCAGCACUCUCUUCACAAUGGACAUCUACACUAAGAUACGCAAAAUCGCCAGUGAAAGGGAACUCAUGAUUGCUGGCAGAUUGUUUAUUUUGGCCCUGAUUGGUGUGAGCAUAGCGUGGAUCCCUGUGGUGCAAUCAGCCCAGAGUGGUAAGCUUACUGACUACAUCCAGUCCAUCACCAGCUACCUCACGCCACCUGUCGCAGCUGUUUUUAUCCUCGCCAUCUUCUGCAAGCGUGUCAAUGAGUCUGGUGCAUUUUAUGGCCUCGUGAUCGGCCUGCUAAUCGGCCUCUCCAGGAUGAUUACAGAAUUUGUUUAUGGGACAGGUAGCUGCAUUUACCCCAGUAACUGUCCCACCAUCAUAUGUGGAGUCCACUACCUCUACUUCUCCAUCAUCCUGUUUGUUGUCUCCUGUAUCAUCAUCCUGGGAGUCUCUCUCAUGACCAAACCCAUUGAGGACAAGCAUUUGUAUCGACUGUGCUGGAGCCUGAGGAACCAUACGGAGGAGAGGGUGGACCUCGAACAGGAUGAUUGGAUCGAUGACAAAGAGUCCAAUGAUAUGGAAAUAGAAGAGCACGCGGAGGAGCCCGGCUUGUGCAAGAAGGCGGUGAUGUGCUUCUGUGGCCUGGAUCAGAAAAAAGCUCCCACAUUGAGUUCAGAGGAGCAGGCAGAGUUGCAGAAAAAGCUCACAGAUACCUCAGAGGUGCCUCUAUGGAGGAACGUUGUCAAUGCAAAUGCCAUCAUUCUCCUGUGUGUGGCCGUUUUCUUUCAUGGGUAUUUUGGUUAAAGAAACUCUGUUGGCUCCAAAUGCUCUCGGAAAAUGUAUUUUUAAAUGUGUGACUUUAAUGUAUGACUACAUAAAGUUGUGGUCAAAAGUUUACAUACACUUGUAAAGAGCAUAAUGUCAUGGCUCUCUCUCAAACUUCAGUCAAGCCUUUAGGUGCCACUUUUAGAGCAAGGGCUUCCUUCUUGCACGGCAGCCUCUCAGUCCAUGGAGAUGCAAAACAAAGGGUUUUUAACACAAUUAUAAACCAUGCUUUUUCAAAAGAAGGACCAAAUGACAUUCAUGGAAGGAAUUCCCCCCCCCCCCAUGAAGUCCCAACCAGAACCUGGACACUUACCACAUCUACCGCGCAAAAAACGUGCUUAUCGUACAGCAUACAUGCAGCGGGUGACGUGUACUUAUUUCACCUGCUGUAAAUCACCUUCCAACACAGGAAGGAAUAAUGCCACUUCAACUACUGACAUUGGGCUCUGGACAAUGCAUCAGCAACAAUAUUGUCCUUCCCUAAAAGCUGCUGGCAGCUUGCGGCCCGUCAUCGGUGUCUCACAUGCCGCCUACAGUCGUUUGAACUCUCUCUCUUGCCCACGACACUUCUGCUGCGUUGUCUUUAGCUUCUUCCUCAGACUCCCCAACUGCUCUUCCAGUGGCUCCUUGCGUUUUCACUGCGGAGCAGAAUCCUCCGCUCUGUAGUUGUGGGUCUGGCGCUGUGUCGCACCGCAUUUGGUGAAGUGCUGCGAGCAGACGUUAUUGUACUUUCAUGGCUUGAAGUUGUUCCUCCUCACUGCACUAACAUCUGGGAGUGCCAGAGGAAACUUGGGGAAUAAAAUGUCUUUGUCUUUAUGGUAGCGGUUCUUGCAGCCGU